UUGAACAAAUGACGGUCGGUCGAUGGUGGGUCGGUCGGCCGAGCUGGUGCUGCUGAAGUGAGUGACACACGCACGCUGCGGCUGACUCGGCGCUCUCGGGUCGGUGUGGCGGCGAGCGAAUCGGCCGAGAUGCGUCGCCCGCGGCCGACGUGAGCACCGAGAUGGUGCGUCGGACAUGAGGAUCGGUGCGGCUGGCAGCGAGAGCGACGACGAGAAUGCAGGCCGAUGAGGGCAACAAGACCCUCAAGCGCAACCCGAAGGUGGAGCUCAACAGGGCCGACCUGCUGAAGCUGCUAAGCCACCUAGAGGGCGAGCUGCAGGCCAGGGAUGUGGUCAUCGCCGCUUUGAAAUGCGAGCGAGUGAAGCAGCUGCUAAUUGGCAGCAGCCGCGUGACCACGUCGCUGGCGGCCCUUCAGCGGGACGGCGGCCUCGUGCGGGGCUCCAGGGUGGACGAGGUGGGCAUCAAGAACCUGGCCGACCGCCAACUAGCCGCCCUGGAGAACCUAAUCGUGCAGAACCGCAAGGUGCAGGUGCACAUGAACAAGGUGCUCAAGGAAACCGAGGACAGACACCUGCAGGUUGUGCAGCAGCUGGACAAGAUGAAAAACGUUUUGCAGGAUGAUGCCGAGUCGGAAGCAGAGAAAACUAAAAUGAGACAGGAACUGGAACUGGAAAAGCAAGAAAAGAUGAAGUUGGAAGAAGAUUUAAAGAAAAUUCAGGAGCAACUUGACGAAGAACGAAAUCGUCAGAAGCAGAUUGUACUGUUGUUGCUUGCUGAUCGUAGAAAAGUAAUAAUGAAAUACAUCGAAGAGAGAAAACGCUCAGAAGAUUUGGCGCAGAUUUUGAGUGAAGAAAAAGCGCGGGUUGACUCCAUGGCUGAGGGCCUGGAAGAGGAGAGCAAGCGAGCACUUCAAAUGGAGGCCGAUCUUGAGAAGCACCACGCCACUUUCCAGGUUGAGCGACAGCAGCUCAAGUCGGCGCUGGCCAAAGAGGAGAAGAGAGCUCGUGAAGCAGAAGCUCAGUUGGAGGCAUUUAAAAGGAAGUAUGCAGACGCUGCUGCAAUCGGACGAGCGCAGGGUGCAGCAACCAUGGUGACCAAGGUGGUACAGCCAACAGCAACUGUGUCCAGCAAACCUGUCAGUGCUCCAGUUACAGGAAUUGCAAGGAGCGUCGCUUCAGCCCCCAUGGUGCGAACUGCAGAAGCUCCGCAGGUGGUUCAGAUGUCGCCGCACGUGAGUCUACAGGCGAGUCCAGGCACCAAGGUGUUCACCAGCACGACGCAAGACGGUCGGGUGACCUAUCAUGUUAAAACGGGUGGCGCGUCCGUGGCUCCGCCGCCCCCGGCUGCUAAAAAGCCACCGGUUGCGCCACCACCGUUGGCUCGUGGAGCCCCGCCGCCUAUUCCUCCCAACAAGCCAGUGGUACCCCCGAAGAGCAAAGAGCUCGAGACCAACAAGACUUUGAACAAACAACAGCCACCCAGGAAGACUUAAACUCAUUGUUGACACGUCAGCCCAGGGCCCUCUCUCGCGCAGGCCUCUGUGAAAAUUCAUUUCUAGUCAGAAUUUCUUUGCUGUGUGUGUUUUUCCAGUCGCAAGAAGAAGGAGAGCGUGUUUGUAAAUAUACACAUUACUGCGUCUAGUCAGCCUGCACUCGAGAAGGUCCUGCGGUCUCUAAUAUUUUGAGCGAAUUUUAUUUUUCAAUUCUCACAAGUGUUCUGUGUUUUGACAAAAGGCGAGUAUAAAUAAAUGCGACUUCUCUGUAGCUGCAGGUCUUCCAUGUUGAAAUAGUAUAAUUUUUUCACUUUCCGACAAAAGCCCAGCUUUUUGCACUUUUGUGUUGUACACGAAAAAGCUUUUCUAAUUUUCCUUAUUUUUGUAAAGAAAAUUCUGCGAUAAUUUUUGAGUAGCGUAAUUUUGACAUAACUAACUCAUGUGAUAGUUGAUAUUAUUGUGCUUAUAAUUAUAUCGUUUAGCGAUCAAGUUUUGGUGUAGCCACAUUGUUGAAAAACAUGCAAAGUUUACGAUAUUAAUUAGUUGUUUGGAUACUUUCAUCAAACCACGCACUAUUAUGGUAGUAGCGUUAGUUUUGAAUAAGUGCGGUUCGCCAACGCAUACACUUUGUGUGUUUAAAAAAGAAGAAUCUAAAAUCCCAGGAUAUACACACCCCCACUGUCGGUACUGGCAAAUAAAUGUCAAAUUUAAAAGGAUCAAAACACGAUCACAAAAGUACCUCAUAAGAAAAUCCUACGCAAGGUGCAGAAGAUACUCAAUCUAGUAAGCAAAAGGUCGUACAGAAAAUAUGCAAUAUAUUUAAUAUAAGCAUUAAAUAAUUAUUCUCGUAUAUAAUGUGUUACUUACACUCGCAUAAAACACACGCUAUACCCAACAUAUUUUGGGGAGACAACACAACGUACAGCGCGCACCUUUCACCGUCUUUGUGCUGCACGAAAUUAAACAAAAUGCGUUGGUCUCUUCAGAACAUGGUAUUUAUUAAUAAUGCUUAUUUAAACAUUCAGUAUAUGUUGAAAAAUGUGUUUUGUAAUGAAAAUAAUAAAAUAAAGAAAGUGUUACAACAGCAAACAUACACACAUCACAAAAUAA